CUCAUUGCUAGAACCUGUGCAGUUGUCAAAGAGCUGCCUGCAACCAUUGGUGCUUAUCAACCUACGUAGGCUACUGUGUUGUUUUGAAAGCGUUUUACGGAUGCGUACUCAAUAUACAUGGUUUAUCCGGACCCCUGGAUGGUCUGACUUUGCUCAGUGCUAAAGAUAGGCUUGGACCCGACGGUGAACCCGGAGCGAUUACUGCCGAAUUAUAGACGGGCAACAAUCUUGGCAGGUGUCAAGGCAGUGUCUUCACUGAUAAGUUCUGAUUGUUUUUUGUGCUUGAGACACAACAGUGUUCAAAAUGAAGAAAUCUUAUGUGAAGGUUUUGCGUGAGAACUUUCUCACCCUGGCCACCAUGGGAGGUGUGAUCUUUGGUGUCAUCCUCGGGGUGUGUCUUAAGUUGCGAGAGGCACCAUGGAGCGAUCGAGAAAUCAUGUAUGUGUCUUUCAUUGGAGACUUAUUCCUCCAAAUGCUGAAAUGUGUCAUCAUCCCGUUAAUCAUCCCUUCACUGAUUGCCAGCGUUGGAUCCUUGGAUCUGAGCUUGAGUGCUAGGGUUGGGGGCGUGGCGGUGGCUUAUUAUUUACUGACAACAGUAUCUGCAGUCAUUCUGGGUAUUAUUCUCGUCACUUCCAUUCAACCCGGCAUUGGGGGCGAACCACGAGCAGAUCAAGAGGAAAGUGAGGCGUCCACAAGAAUUGCCCUGACUCCAGACACUUUGAUGGACCUGCUUCGGAAUUGUUUUCCGCCCAAUAUCAUACAAGCCACAAUCCAGCAAUAUCGCACUACUUUGAUCUUGGACUUUGAAGGUGAGCAGGUCACAGAAUCUGGAUUCAUUCGAAACGCCAGUGACCCUUAUUCAUGGACUGUGGCCGGAUCCUGGAGCAAUGGCACCAACAUCUUGGGCUUGGUUGUGUUUUCAAUCGUCACGGGAAUCGCCAUUGCCUUCUGCGGUGAGGACGGCAAGCCUUUACUUAAUUUCUUCGCCAGCGUUUCAAUUGUCAUGAUGAAGGUCACCACUUGGAUCAUCCAUUUGGCUCCCAUUGGAGUGUGCUUCCUUAUUACCGGACAACUAAUGGAGAUGAACAAUUUUGGCGACACCUUAGCCCGAUUUGGAUGGUACUUUGGAACGGUCUUGCUUGGCCUCCUCAUUCAUGGAGGCAUUGUCUUACCUACAAUCUAUACCGUGAUUACUCGGACCUUGCCUUUCCAAUUCAUAUUUAAUAUGGGCAAUGCCUUGAUUACCGCUUUUGGCACAGCUUCAUCUUCGGCGACGUUACCGGUAACGAUUGAAAGCUUAGAAGAGAAGAACGGGAUCGACCCAAGGGUGGCUAGAUUUGUUCUCCCAAUCGGAGCGACCAUCAACAUGGACGGCACAGCUCUCUAUGAAGCCAUUGCCGCCAUUUUCAUCGCUCAGUACCGAGGGGUUUCGCUAUCCAUUGGUAAUGUUAUAGCAAUCAGUAUAACUGCCACCGCUGCCAGUAUUGGUGCGGCUGGCAUCCCUCAAGCCGGCCUGGUCACCAUGGUGAUGGUCCUAGACACCGUGGGCUUGCCCGCAGAUGAUGUGGCACUAAUUGUGGCCGUCGAUUGGCUUUUGGACAGAUUCCGAACAACCAUUAAUGUCCUCGGCGAUGCUUUGGGAGCAGGCAUAGUUUACCAUUUGAGUAAAAAUGACCUCGAAGACCUCGAGGAAGUCGAGGAUGAAGAACUGACCUAUGGGAGCGGGGGAAUGACCUCAAUGAAUGGGAAAAGCAACAAAGCGUACGAAAAUACCUCCAUGUAAUAAGAGCACUUUUGAGGAAAAAGUCUUCACAAUUAUUAUUGGAUUCGUAGUUAGAUCAUACUGUCGUUUCAUAAAGACGAAACUGAGGCAAAUUGAUAUUCUUGGCAAAAGAUAAUAACCAGCAGAAAGCACCUGGUGCUGGAUAUUAGCAAUUUAUGCCUUUCCUUACUUUUUGCAAAUGAUACGACUUAAACUGUAAAGCAUUUCAUAUCCCUCGGCCCUUUACUUGGGGGAUUUUUUUUAUUUUGGCCGAUGACUGAUGUGAACAAUUUUCAGAGAAGAAGUAAAAAUAUAUUAUGUAUUGAAUUCUACACAACGCUACCCGAAAUUGGCCGUCCUUCAAAGAGAUUUUGGAGUAUUACAGAAGGUUAAUAGAUUCCUGAAAACAUGCAUGGUUAUUUGGAUGAUGUUUGGCUAUGGACCGAAAGCUCUCUUGGUCUCAGUUAUGCUAACCUAAACUGAAAGCAGAUAUACAAUAUAUGUACGUGAAAGAAGA